AUGCCUCCUGCUCUCAGCGAUGAAGAGACUUCUGACGUUGGUGAAUUCGCCACGCCUCCACCAACUACCAGAAAGAAAUCGACCUCAGCUGCGGUGUCGGAUAAGUUCGAAGAUACCAAGCCAGAAGAUGAAUCAGAUGGGGAUGGGGAUGGGGAUGGGGAUGGGGAUGGAGACGAAGACGACGAGGACCUUGACGAGGACGAGUUUGUUGUCGAAGCGAUCAAAAAGCACUUUGUCGAUGAAGACGGUACUUUGAAAUUCCAAGUGAAGUGGGAAGGAUAUGAAGCCAAGCAGGAUAUGACAUGGGAACCAGAGGAGAACCUUCGAGAAUCUGCUCAAGAAAUCCUUGAUCAGUAUUUCGAGCAAUUUGGAGGGCGAGAGAAGCUUUUUCAACAGACUGAGACCGCUGCCAAAACUAAGAAGCGCCGCCGAGCGACCAACGGCACGCCCAGCACCGCUACUCCGACGACCACAACAAAGCGAUCCCGACGAGGCAAUACACAUCCUGCCAACUCCACACCACCUGCCACGUCCAAGCCGUGGAGCCCACCCGCCGGGUCCUGGGAGGAUGAAAUUGAAUCAAUUGAGGUUGAGGAGGACGAGAACCGAGGCAAGAUCAUUGUCUACCUGAGAUGGAACAAUGGCAAGAAGACCAAGCACGACACUGAAGUGGUCUACAGAAAGUGUCCGCAGAAGAUGCUUCGCUUUUACGAACGUCACCUUAAGAUCGAGAGAAGUGAGAAUAAGGCCCUUGCUGAAGGAGUUUAG